AUGCAAAUUUGUCUAAUAUUUGUGAUUAUUCUUUACUGUAUCCGCGAAAUCAACGGGUAUUCUUGUCGCUCAUGCGCGGCCCCAGUGCUAGCCGAGGAGUGGGCUACGACGGGAUUGCCAACUCGGCCGGAUGGAAAUCUGACGGCCUUCUUCGACGAGCAUUGCGAUCAAGAUUCGUCGAGUACAGGGAAAUGUGAGACGAAUAUUGGCUGUUUUGAAGGCGCUUUUGCGAUUUGUAAGUCCGAAAAUGAAAUAAUGUUGCAUCUGCAAAAAGUAUGGCAAAGCAUAACAAAGGUUAUUCGUGAUUGCAGGCUUAGUGUCACGGAGGUCUGUUUCGGCAUAGAGUUUUUUGGGCAUAGAUUCUUUAAGGUGUAAAGCCGGGGUCCCUCUGUUUGACACUCAAAACAAAGACGAUAAUCAAUCGAUAUGGGCAUGAAAAUAAAACGAUUAGGACAGAAAAACACGGAUAAUUUAAUGGUAUGAAACAUAUUUUUCUACACUUAAAAGUUUUUGCGGCAGGACCCAUGAAAAAAGUUGCAUUUUUUAUUUGUCACCCUGUAUUUUUCGCAAAGGAAUAUGUCGGAUAUUAGCGGUCGGGAAUCAGAAUCACAAACGUAAGAAUCAUUCCGUGUUGUCGGAAUGAUUUUUGAAAACCUCAAAUUCUUACUUGCUGAUUGUGCCAAAACGAUUUGCGGAUGAAACGUUCACAAGGUCUCUAGCGUUCCUCGACCUUUUCAGCCGACCAAUAUGCAUUUGUUCGGGGAUGUCUGGAGCAAUUUAUCGAUGGCUACGAAGAUCUCCGUUCUGCUCUAACCCCGUCCUGCAACUAUGCCAAGUCUCCGAAAUCGGUUUACGUCCAGAAGAAGCACAUCGAGUCCCCAUAUGUCGGGUAUUCGAUAUGCACGACUGAUGAUUGUAACCAUUUCAUUACACGAGAACACGCGACUCAGGAGGUUUGGGGACAAGCAAAUGGGGUGAUAACCUGUCAACGGAAGGAUAGUAAGUUGGGAGUUGUAGUUUUGUCUUCGUCGAGGUGAUAAGUAUAAUACUUGAAUUCAAGAUGUGCGCUGUGUGGAGUGCAAAUAUUAUGACGGCUAUGGGCAUUGCUGGUGGGACACUCGCGACUAUUGUAGCGGUGCAUACUGCACUAAAAAUAUUGGAUCGCUGAAUGGUAAGGAAGUCAUUUUACUGCGGCCCACGCAAACUAUCUAUAACAUUGUGUUAAAAAUGGAAAAAGUUCCUUAUUCUGGCCACAACAAAGGUACUCUGCGAACUGCGCCCUAGCUUGGGAGCUAAGGUAACGAAGAAAGGCUUCGACUGAGAUGGCGCUGAAUUACUAUGAAAGCUCGAUAGUUUUAAGGGUACCUACAAAGGCUAUGACAACUCAUUAGUUCUAUACGGAGGCAAUAAGUUUAGUUCUGGACAGGUCUCAUCGUAUAAAAUGUAAAAUCGCAAGCUGCAGCCGUUUUUGAAGGGCAAGGUGGGGUGGUCGUAAAAAAAGAAGGUACCUCACUAACUAAAUCCACUGUCAAAGAUGAAUCGAGCCUGCCCGCCAAGUUUAGGCUAAUUCUGUCCAGUUUCCGCAAAGUUAUAAGUUGUGGCCAGAAUAAGGAACUUCUACCUUAAAAAUAAUCAACCACUCCAGGCCGCCGUUACGAGAUCCGCGGCUGCAGCGGGAUCCGUCCAUUGAACGCGGAUUAUUGCUACACGUUCGAGGAUCAGCACGACAUCGACUUCCUUGGAGCCCAGAUAUCGUUCAAAAACGAGGGAACACAGUGCGUUUGCGAGGGUGGGACUUGUAAUGGAAGCCGUCGGGAAUCCAUCAAUUUUUUGAUGGGAAUUUCAAUGAUUCUAUUGAUUUCUUGGCUUGUAAUGUAA